AUGAGCGCGCCGAGCCGCGUGCACGUCGAUUCCGUGCGCGCGAUCGCGGCGACGAUCGGCGCGCCGCCCGUGGACGCCGACGCCGCGCGCGCGCUGGCGAGCGAUUGCGAGUACCGGCUGCGACAGGUGUUUCAAGACGCGAUGAAAUGCAUGCGGGCGUCGAAACGAACGACGCUCUCGGCCGAGGACGUCAACGCGGCGCUGCGAUUGAGAAAUUGCGAACCGCUGUAUGGAUUCGGGGCGGGAACGAGCGAUUAUGAAUAUAAACAGACGCGCGAGGAUCCGGAUGUGUUUUACGUGGAGGACCGAGAGAUCGACAUGCGGGAAUUGCUGACGAGGAAGUUGCCGAGACCGCCGAUCGAGGUGAACUUGGUGCCGCACUGGUUGGCGGUGGAGGGAGUGCAGCCGAUGAUUCCAGAGAACCCGAUGGUGCCCGCGGCGGAACCGGUGGCGAUCGAACCUCCGCGUGGGAUGAAACGGCCGCGGCCGCGAGCGAUGGGGGCGAAAGAGAAUGGUGGGGAUCCGGACGCGGGAGGAUUGUUACCCGUGGUGUCGCACACGCUGAGCCGGGAAUUGCAGUUUUAUUUCGACAAGGUCACGGCGCUGAUUCGACAGGCUGGACGCGCCGAUGCGAGCGACCGUGAAGUUGAAUUGCUCUCCACCGCGCUGCGAUCGCUGAGCGCGGACGUCGGUCUGCACAAUUUGAUGCCUUACUUUACGCAGUUCAUCACCGAGGAGACGACGCAAAACCUGAGGGAUUUGCCGCGGUUGCGAGUGUUGAUUCAGAUGAUUCGGGCGUUAAUUUCCAACCCCGACAUAAACGUGGAGCUGUAUUUACACCAGCUCAUGCCGAGCGUGGUGACGUGCGUGGUGGCGAAGCGUUUAUGUCAAAAUUUGGACGAAGACCACUGGUCGCUGCGAGACGACGCGGCGUACACCAUGGCGUUCAUUUGCGGCAAGUUCGGCGACGCCUAUCCAAGCAUUCGACCUAGGAUCACGCGCACGUUGUUGCGGGCGUUAUUGGAUACCAAACCAAUGACCACGCACUACGGCGCGAUUCGAGGCUUGCACGCUCUCGGUCCCAAGGUCGUGCGAGAGACGGUGAUGCCCAACUUGCGCUCGUACUUGAACACGCUCGAGCCGUUGCUC